GAAUGUAUGGCGUUUCCCCAUAAUCACCUUAGUUUUCAUCUGAUCAUGUCGAUAUAUAGUAUGUCUUCUAUGAUAUAUGUGUUACAUUUCUUAAUACUAUUCACAAAUGAUGCUUAAAAAUUUGGUCUGGGUCAAAAUCAUAUACUCUUUAGAUACGGUGGUUCUUGAGAGUAAAUAAACAAUUUGUCGUUGAUGGUAAAAAUCGCAGUUGUUACAAGGGAAACCAUUUGUGCUUCAUUUCUACCCAGCCUCCUUUACAGCAUUCUUCAGUUAACACUACAGAUCUCAUUUCUUCUAUGGAAGUACGAGAGGCCAGAAUACCAGCAUCUGGUGAGUCGUCCCAUCAAGAAAUAGGCAAGCACUGAGGCCCCCUUGAAAAAGACUCCUCAUACUAUGAAGUACGAUUUUCAGGGCCUUCAUGUAUGGUUCUGAAUACCUCAAAGGUGAAAGUUCCAACCGUUAAGUAAGGUAUUGGGGCAUUCAAGGCUAAUGCACAAGGUCUGUUCUGGCUGACUUAUAACAGGUUGUGGCGUCACGAACAGUGGCUCGAGCUCUCCAGUUGAAACCGUAUAUUAGUAUAAUAAAUCCGGUUUAUAUUACAAUAAUCUUCAGCAUCUUGCAUUCAAAUGUUCCAUGUUAAACACGCAAUGCAGAAUGACGAUAGAAACUGUCUUUAUUGCAGAGGAGGAUGGAGUAUCUUUAUAUUCUCCUGAAUGUCGAGUCCCAGUACUCGCAAGGACGAAGGAGUGGUAAGCCUGCAACAGGACAGCAUCCGGAUACAAACGAACAAAUCCCGAAAGCUUUAUACUUGUAGGACUUGACCUCACGCUCUAGUACACGAACGUGGAUUUGAGAGGCUGGAAGUUUAAUUCAAAGAGCGGACUCUUACCCCUCUGGCCCUUGUAUAGAUCUCUCUCUCCGAUGGUUGGCUCUGGUCUCACCCAGCCGCUGGACUGUCCGUACGGUCGAGGACGCCCUGGGGUUUCUCUCCUCAGCUUACAGAUGAUUAAGUUUGUGUUAUUGUUUUCCUGCUUGGGUGCUUCUCAUACUUCCCCUAGAAACAGCUGUUUUUUCCGAAAAUAAUGAGAAUCUUUCAUUUUCUUUGAAGUUCCAUCAGAGUAUGACUCAGGCGGGGUCCCACAGGGUCCGUCUGCAUCUUUUCCACUCCUUCCCUGUCCCUGGCCAACGUCACCAUCUCUGUCGCCAACAUCCCAUUGUUCGCGAUUCUCAGUUGUUGCCACCAAGUCAUGUGUGGCCCACCCCUCGACCUGUUCCCAUCUUCUCGUCCAUAUAACAAUUUCUUCGGCCAACUCUCCUCACUCGUCCUUCCAACGUGUCCAAACCAUCUUCUUCGUUCGUCUUCUGUGACGAAGCCCGUUAUCGGUCUUUGCACGAGGCGGGGUCAGCGACGCCUACACUGGGGGCAGAAGGAAGACCCAUUCACUGUCGUCACGGAAGGAAUGGUCGAUCUCGCGCACAGAAUCAAGGGGAAUUCGCCCUUUGCGAAUUCCGUCCACAACAGCCUUCUCCUCCAUGGUCGAGGUCACGCUCGGGAAUGCACCUUCUACACCUUGAGAGAUCAUCCAGAUUGCCAUGUUGUUAUGUGGCGAUAUUUGCAACCGUCAAAUACCUUACUCGCCGUCCACUGUCGGGAGGAGGAGGUUCCCCUGCUGAGGGAGUCCCUGAUGCAGUCGCACUUGAUCGACUGGCAGGGAAGGCUGUGCGUUUUCCACGUCCCUGAGUAUCUGGUGGACACCGUGAAGGACGUUGUGAAGGACAAGGGAGGACAGAAACUGACAAUCAAUAAAUGCUACACAUAUACUGGUGAUAAUAUUGGGGAUCCUUAUGCUUACCUGGCGGAGAAUCCCAUCCGGUGCCCAGCUGGGUUCCGUGUAGCAAGGCUGGGUAGGGCUGGAGUCAGCAUCAUGAGGAACACAGCGGAGUACGACAUAUGCAGGACUCUCGACGACAUGGUUCACAUCACGAAGUACGCCCCUUCAUUAGGCCUAUAUGAAGACCCGAGCGUGGAAAAGGAAACUGCCGUCGACAUAAAGAACCUCCCCUUUGCUAGGGACGAGGAGGUACCUGUAGCUUGGGUCACAACUUCCUUCUACGGGGCGAUGGGCACCUUGAUGACCUUGGAAGGGUAUCGGGGUCACGGGUAUGGAGAGCUGGUGACUCGGGUCCUUACACUGAUGGAGGCUGCCGAGGGUUACGUCCCCGUGGGCCAUUUGGACAUUGAUAACUUCCCUUCUGUUGAAGCGCUCAACAGAAUAAGUACGUUGCGUAUGUCCCAUUAUGACUAUUUCAUGUUCCGGAAGUGAAAUGCAAAGAUACCUCUCUUUUAUCAAUCGCAUCUUCAUAGAUAAAUGUACUUUGGAAUGAAACUUUACGUCCUCUUCAAGAUACUCCAAUUUCAAGUUACUUCAGUACAGCUAUUUGGAGUUUAGCAACUGUGCCUUACCUGUUCAGUGGUUGGGCGCAGGUGGUUCAGCUACGGACCUACGGCUUGAAUUUCUGUGCCCCGCGAGCAGGGAUUUUAACAUAUGGAUUUCUUGUUUGUCGGUUUGUAUGCUUCUGUCUAUCUGUGUAUCUUUCUCCC